CGCGGCCUGGCGGCCAUGAUGUGCGCGGUUGCCAUGGGAACAGCCGGGAGCGGGAGGGGAGCCGGCGGGGCAGCUCCUGUUGCCGGCGGCAGCAGCCCCCCGCCGGGCCGCGCUGCUCGUCCCGGGGCUGAGGAGGGAGAGUGUCGCUCCCGGGCUGAGUGCCUCACCGGGCCUCGCUCUCGGGGGUGCAGAGGAGGAAGGCAAGCUUCAAAGAAUAAAAGCAUGGAAAAGCCAGAGCCAUUCUACAGACUUUCAGUGUCAAAGCAGAAGACCAGUUCUGAGAUUGUAAAUGAAGCCAGAAGUGUUCUGCGAACACUAAGAACUCAGAGGCCAUUGACACCUGCAGAGGAUCAAAGGAAGCUUUUUGGAUCUGGAUCUUCACGAGCCCCUCAAAGUAGACCUCCUUCGGUUUUUAGUCUUCAUGCUUCCAGUUUUGAUUUGGCUGAAUCAAGACCUGCUUCUGGUGUUCGUCUUAGCCCACUGGAUUAUAAGCCAAUAGUGGUUAUUUCAUCAGAAGAUGAAGAAUCUUCAAUUUCCCUUCCAAAGCCUGCUGUGGAUGCUGCAGAGGUUAGAAAAGUCAGCAGUGCUCGGGCACAGUUAUUUAGAAGAACUUCUCAGGGAGAUGUCUUCCCUGCUAAAAUGGCUCCCCUGGAUCACCAUGGAGAGAAGCUUGAUUGUGGAGAACCAGCUACGAUGAGUAAUCUUCACAGAACUAAUGAUAACUGCUUGGCAGAGCAAAGGGCAUACACACCAUUUAAUGACAAAAGCGGGCAAUUAAUUUGUAAUGAGCAUAGUGGGAAACCGGAAAGGGAAGAUGUUCUAAAAGGCACAGCAGGAAAACUUUUAUUUCAACUAAAAGGUGAAAGUAACCAGAUGAAGAAGCAUGGCAUAGUUGCAUCACAGCCAAGGAUUAUAGACUGGAAGAGAAGAUUAACAGGAUUAGAGGAUGAUACAAGAAUAGAUGAAUCAGAAGAGGAAAAAAACUUUUGGCAUACGAAGGUUCUACCAGUUCUGCAUGAACUGAAAACUGAAGACAAUGUAGAAGGUCUUUGUCUGGCUUGCACCAAACUCUAUCAAGUCUUGAAUGAAGGAAAUAUGCUUGGAAAAAGAUCUAAAAGAAGAAGUAUGCUUCUGAAGACAUUAUAUAAACUUGUAGAAAUUGAUUCAGAUCCACUUUGCCUGAAGCUGGCAAAGAUUAUUCUGUCUAUGAAAGUGGAUGGAAAAAAUCUUCUCGGAGUCUGCAAGCUUGCAUUUAAAGUUUGCAGGAAUGGAAAAAAUGAUUACCUCAUUCAAAAUGAUAGAUUACUAGAUUGUUUGUUGGAGGUCGUGAGAACUGAAGAUCUACAAAAAAACAGUGAAGCUCUCCUGUAUUGCUUGGGAGCUAUAAAGUUUAUGUCUGGAAAUGCAGUACUCCUUAAUGAAAUGGUCAACAAAGAAGCUGUUGAAAUGUUGCUGCAAUUAAUGAAGCAGAUUAAUAAUAUAAAAGAAAAUGACCCACAUUUCUCCAGCUUGGGCCACCUAUUAGUCCAGCUGACAGCGACUUUGCGAAACUUGGCUGACUUACCUCAGGCAAGAUGCCAGCUCGUUUGCAGUGGUGCAAUCUCUGAGCUCUGUGUGGCGCUGGAGCAGCGUAUGAACGACAAGGAUGUGUGCACCUAUAUUGUCAGGAUUUUCAGCAAACUUUCUUCCUACAAUGACUUCUGUGCAGCUUUGGCAGACUGCUCCAGAUGUUACGUCUUAUUUUUAGCCCUACUAAACAAACACCAGAAGCAGCAGGACUUGGUUAUCCGUAUCGUCUUUAUUCUUGGUAAUUUAACAGCAAAGAAUAACCAGGCCCGUGAGCAAUUUUUUAAAGAAAAAGGAAGUGUAAACACCUUGAUAUCAUUGUUCCAAACCUACCAUGAACUUGAUUUGAAUGAAGAAAAAUGGUACCGUGAAAGAGGAAGGGAAGAAAAAAAAAAUCCAAGGCAUCCUUCCGAAGCAGAAGAUGUUCUGAUAAAACUGAUACGAGUGCUGGCCAAUCUGUCCAUUCAUCCCAGUGUAGGAGCAGCUCUGGCAGCUGCCCACCACGUUGUAGAAUUACUUGUUACAGUACUAGAAUAUAAGUCAAUUGAAGUCUGCGAGGAGUUGGUGAUCAAUGCUGCAACAACAAUCAACAAUUUAUCCUUCUACAAAGUGAAGAGUUCUGCUGUUCAAGAGAAGAAGCUACGCAUUGCUGAAAUGCUUUUAAAGCUGUUAAUGAGCAACAAUAUGGACGGAGUUGUGGAAGCUGUCAGAGUCUUUGGCAAUCUUUCCCAGUAUCAUGAGAUCUGUGACUUCAUCGUACAGAAGAAGAUACACAAGUUCGUGAUUGCUUUACUUGAUGCCAAGAAUCAAGAUGUCUGUUUUUCUGCCUGUGGUGUCUUGCUCAAUCUCACAGUAGAUAAGGACAAACGAGCUCUUCUGAUGGAAGAAGGAGGAAUUGGGAAGUUAGUCGACUGCUUACGAGACUUUGGGCCAGCAGAUUGGCAGCUGGCUUGUUUGAUAUGCAAAACCCUGUGGAACUAUAGUGAAAAUAUCACAAGUGCGGCCUCGUGCUUUGGAGAAGAUACUGACACGUUGCUGGCGCUGCUCACAUCGCUCUUAGAUGAAGAGCUAGCACUGGACUAUGGCCUCGACAGAGGGGACCACCACAAACUAUAUUGGGAAACGGAGUUCAAACCUGUGGCAGCAAAACUUCUUGACAGAAUUCAGACUCACCACUCCUCCGUUUCCACUGUGAUUAUUACUGCAUUUUAAUCUGUUUGGGGCUUUUUUUUGUAGACUGUACAGUUAUAUUUUUCCAAUAUACAUUGCCAUUGGUGUGUUGGACAGCAGAGGAAGUUAAUGUUUAGAAAACUGGUAAAGCCUGGCAUUUAUCUAAGGGAUCUUUUAUCUUUUAAAGGAACUGAAAUUUUUGCAUGUAUAAGUACAUUUUAGAAUAUAUUUGAGUGUAUCAAGCACCCAUUCAAUACAAUUUUCUUUGGUUGGCAAAAUGAAAGUAAACUAUUUGCUGAACUUCUCAUUUUAAAAGGUGAAUUAUCACUGGGUACCUGGAUCCUGUGUGCCAUAAAGGAAUGUUGCAUGUUAGAAGCCAUAUCCUACCCAAAGACUUGGACACACUUUUACUUUACAUGAAAUCCUGCGAAAGAAUAAGCCAAGUGCUAGGGUGUGCAUACUGGAGUGUUACAUCACAGGAUUCACUCUUUACACUGAAGGCUCUCACAGUCAGGAGGAAAGUUGCUCUUCGGAGAUCCCCCUUUCUUUACCUGAUUCCGUGUGGUUGGGAUGUCCCAGCUCCUGGGGCGGUGCUGUUGGCUGUGCAGGUAAGGGACCCUUCUGAAUCGGUACUUCACAUCUUACUGCAAAACACCCAUCCACCCGACAUAAGAUUUGUGUGCGGCAGCCUCCGUUGCUACAAUCUGCAGAAGAGAGCUGCUCAGUAUGGUUUGGCUCUGACAGCAGUUCCGCUGAACUCAAGAAGAUCCGUUAUUAUUCCUUAUUAUUGUUCUUUCUUUUGCCAUUUUCAUUUUAGCUGAAGUUAAGGGGAGAUGAACAGCUUCAAUGCCCCAUUUGCUCCUUGGCCAAAAGAGCGGAUAUGGUUUUCAGGCGUCUGAAAGAAGGCACGAUGGGUAAGAGAGCGCUGGAGGCGUUUGUUCUUGGCAUUCGCAUCAAGGCAGAAGGCAGGAGAACACCACGCUGCGUGGUGCAGGGUGGGGAUGCAGCGAACAGACCUCGUGGCUAAGUCCUGUCAGAAGCUCUAAUCAGAACUGGGAAAUUCUCAGUGCGUCUGUCCGAAGGCAGCCUGAAACAGACCUCUUGCUCAAGUCCUUGGGAUGACAGAAAUGUAGGCAAUUAAAAUUAGAUCGAAGAGAAUGUUA